AAAAUAAAUAUUGCUCGUGACGGUGUUCCUUUGUGUUUAUCGUUAGUAACCGUGAUGACGUGAAUCUUAAGCGCCCACUUUCCUCAAUGCGUUGUUUAAACUCGACAUAGUCAACACUUAAACCACACUUCAUUUUAGUCACUUUACAAUUAAUAUCAAACUGUUUAUAAGGAUGCUAACACACGGAUAGACAAUUGAAGCCUUCUUUAUUCUUGGAAAAAAAGUAUAUUCGCAUGAAAUAUACCAGGUUUACAUGAAUGAUGUCUCAACAACCCCAGCCGCCCAGUCAGGUACCGCAGGCUCCCGAUUCACCUGUAGUCGUAGUAUCUGGAAAUGUCCAAAAAUAUGCAAUGAAGAAAAAGAAGAUCCUUAAUGCUGAGGAAAGCGAGCUGUUUGAAUUAACCCAAGCAGCUGGUAUCACGAUGGACCAAGAAGUGUUUAAGAUCAUAGUGGACCUCUUGAAGAUGAAUGUUGCCCCACAAGCGGUGUUUCAGACGUUGAAAGCCAUGUGUGCGGGACAGAGGAUCGUUGACACCUGCGCGGCAGACGCGUCCAAAGCGUCACACCCAGCGGGUACCACCACAGCACAGACCACGGAGCACAGAGAGGACACUACUUUGGUCCCUAGCAAGAGCUCUAAGCCUCCUGCAGCCGCGUCCUCGGCAUCAGGCCCCAGGGCCGCGCGGCUGGGCUCUAAGAUCGUGGUCUACGGCUCCCAAGACAAUAGCUCUUCUCAAGCAGUGCGUAGUAAAGCGGGCCAUAGCGAGAAGACGAGGGAGAGCUCCAGCCAGAGGGUGCAGCGGCCGCCCAGUGCCACCAGGGGGCAGAAGACCAAAAGUUCUGGCAGCAGUAGUUCCUCUUCACAGAUAGCUUCAAAUUAAAGUAUCAUGUCAAAUAACGCUGUAUUAACGCAACGGUCAACGGCGAUUGACAAUUAUUUUAACAUUGUUGUAUUUUUUUGCCUAUAUACGUAUCUAUACUAAAUGUCAAAUAAAAAAUAUUUGUAAUUUAUAAA